AUGGGAUCGAGACAUCCGACAUUACAAACCGCGAGUGAUUUUCGACGACAUUAUGUCGGGAAAAAUAUCACUCAGCUACCGCAGCCGGCCAUGAUACUCGACAAGGCCAAAAUGCACCGACACUGCAAGUCUCUCCUCGAUGCCGUAGAGUAUUUGGGUGUACAUUUUCGGGCGCAUGUCAAGACACACAAGACUCUCGAAGGGGUCCGUCUACAAGUUGGGGAAACAAAAAAAGAAGUUCGACUCGUAGCGUCAACUGUUGCCGAGAUCGAGUAUCUACAGCCACUACUGCACGAAUUUAUACAAAAUGGCCGCGAAGUCAGUAUCCUUUACGGUAUUCCCCUGCCACCCUCCCAGGUUGAUCGCCUGGCAGCCAUCGGCCGGCAGUUAGGUCAAGGCACCAUUUCUGUCAUGAUCGAUCACACGUCCCAGCUGAGCCAUGUAGCUCGAUUUGCGGAGCAAGCCUCUUUCCCAGCAGGGGUCUACUUGAAGGUAGAUACCGGCUACCACCGAGCCGGUUUACCUCCUUCAGGUCUCAACAAGGAUGACUUGGUUUCCAAACUGAUGAGCCUUGACCGCCAAGGCAAAAUAAACUUCAUUGGCCUUUACUCGCAUAGCAGUCUCAGCUACAAUGACUUAACCGCCGAACAAGCAAUGGCCAACCUCGAGGACGAACUUAGCGGGUGUCUUGAUGCGCUCGAAAAAAACGCGCAUUUGUUUUCAAGCGAUAAGGAAGUAACCAUCAGUGUUGGAGCCUCGCCGCAGGUAACUUCAAUAGAGAAUUUGGUGAGGAAUGAGGGCACAUUGUUAGAGGGCGCCAAAAAUCUGCAACAGACUUUGCAAAAGGUUGUAACUGAGAGACACUGUGGGUUUCGUACCAAACUAGAGCUUCACGCUGGUGUAUAUUCCCUCCUUGACGUACAACAGCUGUCUACACAUUCCCGAGCUCACUUUGGUGACUACGAGGAAGAGAUAGCCAUCUCCGUCACGGCAGAGGUUUGCAGCGUCUACAACGACGGCGAGCGGCAGCAACCCGAAGCCCUACUUGCGGUUGGAGUGUUGGGUUUGGGACGUGAACCGUGUGCAGCAUAUGAGGGAUGGGGUAUUAUCGAUCGCGAUGCAUACUCUCCUAAUACUCCUAACCCUGAUCGCCGGCUGAUUGUGAAGCGUGUAAGCCAGGAACACUCAAUUGUGUCAUGGGGACUCAUUAAUGGACAUGGCGAUGAAGACUCUCAGCAACCUAUACCACUACAAGUGGGGCAGACUGUUCGCAUCUAUCCAAAUCAUGCCUGUAUUACCGGAGCCUUAUAUGGUUGGUAUUAUAUCGUCGAUUCAUCGGAACACGGGGAGCGAGUUGUGGAUGUUUGGGAAAGGGCGAGCGGGUGGUAA